UUCCUCUGGCGCGCGGGGCGGCGGAGCGGCUCACUUGGCCCGGGGAGGCGCCGCGCCCAGCGGUGGCGGAGGCUGCGGGCAAGCAGAGGCGGCGGCGGGCGAGAUGCUGCGCUACAGCUCGGGGCUGACGGUGACCCGCACUACGCCAAGGCAGCCGCAGAGCAGUCGGAAGGCAAACAUCUGUCGGCUGCGCUUAACUCUGCCCCGGGAAGAAAGCUGGCCUCCUUGGGAAGGAACAGAUACUGCUGAAAAGACCCCAAAGCAACUCUACCAAACACCUGGCGGAUUGUCUGCCGGGGACUUAAAGCACGGUGUUGUGUAUGGUGUAGUGCACCGGUCUGAUGACAACCAUAACAAAGAAAUGGUGGUUUAUGGAUGGUCAGCUCACCAACUGAAGGAAGAAAUGAGAUACAUACGAGAUGUGAGAUUAACAUUAGAAAGAGUAAGAAACAGAAUGUAUGGCGAAUACGAUGAAAUGAAACGCAAAAUCCAGCAGCUCUCAAGUGAGCUGGCGGUAUCACAUGCUGAGCAGGCAUCCCUGGAAAACCACAUCCAGGUCCAUGCAGCAGCCCUGGAGAGUUUCCGCGAAAUGAGCAGUUCGCUGACCUCAGCCUCCAUUGAACUGCAGAAAACCUUAGUUGAUGUUACUUUGGAGAAUACCGUUAUACGUGACCAGAUACAGAACCUGAAACAAACUCACGAACAGUCCAUGGAAACACUGAAGGAAAAGCAGAAGCAACUGGAAACGGCUAAGGUGCAAAAUGAAUUGCUCCGCCUCAAGGUAGAAAGCUCACAAGAAGCAAAUGCAGAAGUCAUGAGAGAGAUGACCAGGAAACUAUACAGUCAGUAUGAAGAAAAGCUUCAAGAAGAAGAACAGAAACAUAAACUCGAGAAAGAAACCCUCCUUCUGGAAACGAAUCGUUUACUUACGGCCAUUGAGGAUGCCAAUAAGGAGAUGAGAGUUACAGAGACAAGUUUGCAGGAAAAAGACCAGCGAAUUGGAGAGCUGGACCGACUCAUCCAGCGCAUGGAAGAUGAACGCCAUCAGUUGCAAGAGCAAUUAAUAGAGUAUGAAAUGCAACUACAAGGAGCAGGUGUUUAUGACCAGUCCAGCCAACCAAGGUCUCUCAAGUUGGAGGAAAUAACUGACAGUCUCCGAGAACGAAUCCGGCACCUGGACGACAUGGUUCUGUGUCAGCAAAAGAAAGUCAAGCACAUGGUUGAGGAGAUAGCGCUACAAAAGAGAAAGCUGAAAGAAAAGGAAAUCUUUAUAUUACAACUUUUAGAGAAAAUCUCUUUUCUAGAGGGAGAGAACAAGGAACUGCAGGACCGUUUGGAUUACCUGAAGGAGACCCAAUCCAGGCCUAUGGUGGACACCAGAGACAUUGGGGUUGGAUGUGACCUCCCUGCCAGCCCUGAAAACAGAAACCGACUGCCUCCUGAGGAGCUGAAGCCAGCCAGAACCUACCGCCCAUUCUUGCGGGUCCUGGAAUAUUCUUCCAAACACCGUGUUUUGGGCCCAGCAGCUCCCUGCGAGUGAGGCCGUACCCAGCCAGCGAGCUCGAUGGGCGGAGGGGAGCAAGCAGUGCAGGCCACCACUGAGGCCAUCCUGGGGACUGGGAGGCCAGCAGAGCUGCUACUUCGGGGGAAGGCGGCAGCUCUGCGCUUCAGACAGCUGCACAAGAGGCUUCCAUCCGGGAAUUCUGGGAAAUGGAUCCAUGGUCCAAACUUCAUCCAAGAUGGCAGAUCUUCAUGCUUCUCUUGGAAUAAUAUUCAUUAAGGUGACUUUGCUUCUGGCGGCAGCUACAGCUCAAGAGAGAUUGCCACGUACUGUGGAUGUGCACCUGUGGCUCUGCCAUGCUGACGAUGCUUCUCAACCCUAUGCAGGAAGAGGGCACAAUGGUCCAGCAAGAGCACCAUGCCUUCCUCUGGGUGUGGGUGCAUAAAGGUUUGGCCUCUCCAGCUUUCUGAGUUAAGGGCACAUUCAUCAUCAAGUUUAUUUCCAGGUGAGAAAUCUCUGCUCCUGAGCCGCUUUGCUCAGGGGAUCCUUCCACACCUGCCUUUCAGGAUCCAGGAAACUGCCCAGGUCUUACGUGCCAGUAUAUGCCAGUUCUUACAUUUCUACUUGUAAAGUUCCAAUUCAGAUGUUUAAAUGGCUGCAUUGUUUUAUAAACCCAAGUUUUCUAAGCAUUUCUCCCUUAAGGUCUUUUAAAAGAAUGUCCUGUGUAUAGACACCUGAAUAAAGUUGUCAUUCUUUGUGGAACUUACUGACUCCAAAGAUAAUCACUCCCAGGCAAGAGGCAAAUGGUACCACCUGCCUGACUCCUGGACUGAGUACAAGCAGUCCCUGGAUUAAGAGCAUUCAAUUUACAGUUUGGACUUAUGAACAGACUGUCACUAAAAAUGGUGAAUAGCAUUCUUCCUUGAGCCAAUGAACCCCUGAAGCUGUGCAGUGUUUCCUAAGGGUCACAGAGUGGUGUGUGCGUUUUUAAUACACUGUUUUCAUGGCUAAUGAAAAGAUUGUAUGGCUUUACAGUUUGUCGGCUCCAGGAAGAAUCUACUAGUUUUAAUCAGAUAACAUUAUUUCGUUUCAUAUGCAUACAAAGGUGAAAUAAAUACUAUAUACUAA